GGCCGGGCGCGGGGCGCGGUGCACCACAGCGGUGCCAGCAUGGCGGAGCACGGCGACUCCGAGCCCACCCCAGGCGGCAGUGGUCUGGACUCUGGAGGCGCUCGCAGCGGCGGCGGCGACGGCGCCCAGUCCUGGGCCCCAGAGGACGCCUGGAUGGGCACCCACCCUAAGUAUUUAGAAAUGAUGGAAUUAGAUAUAGGAGAUGCCACCCAAGUUUAUAUAGCAUUCUUGGUUUACCUGGACCUCAUGGAGAGUAAAAGUUGGCAUGAAGUAAACUGUGUGGGAUUACCAGACCUGCAGCUCAUCUGUCUUGUUGGUACAGAGAUAGAAGGAGAAGGAUUACAGACUGUGGUGCCCACACCCAUCACUGCUUCCCUCAGCCACAACAGGAUCCGGGAGAUCUUGAAGGCCUCUCGAAAACUGCAAGGUGAUCCCGAUUCCCCGAUGUCUUUCACCUUGGCCAUAGUGGAGUCCGAUUCCACAAUAGUGUAUUAUAAACUUACUGAUGGGUUCAUGCUGCCAGACCCUCAGAAUAUUUCUCUUAGAAGAUGACACCUAAACUUCCCGACACAUCCUUUUUUCACACAAGAUUGGAUUUGAGGCCUAUCGGCUGCUUCACCUUCUGUCUCAGAGAUAGUUAGGGUUGACUUAGCUGGCCCCAUUUCACAGGUUUUCUUUCUGGAGAAUAAAAUGUACCCAACUAGAAGAAUUGUUUUGUUAGAAAAUAUGGGGUAGUUGCUCUAGAACUUUCUUAUUUGGAGACAGCUUGAGUACAGUUGUGUACACUGUAUGGCUAGGAUGUGUUCAGAGGGGAGGACCACAUGUGUUUUGUCUCCCCUCACUGGUCACUGUCUCGUUGUUGUCCACUGUUACCACUGUUAGCUCGUGGUUGAGUCUGCCACCCCAUUUCUCACUCUGUCCUCUGUGCAUUUUGACCACUACAGUGAUCCUGACGUAAUGUUGCAUACCAUCUUGGUACCUGUAGAACUUACUUCAAUAUGCUUUUUCAUUCUUCUGAGAAGUAAUAGCUUUCUUUCAAUUGGUUCUCAUGUUGCAAUUACUGUUACUACCCUCUUCGAUUGUUUUUAAAGCAAAUCUAAAGUUAUCCUCAUCCAGAUAGUAAAGUUGUAUGUGCAGAUUAAUCAGGGCCAGGAGAGUCUCCUACAAAAAUUCUGGGCUUUUCUGUCCAUUCUUAUUGCUACCACCUAUAUUAAUAGCAUUUCUCUAUUGUAAUGGGUACUGGGGGACAGUGUCAGCCUUAAAAACAUCCUAUUAAGUGACCCAGUUAUUUCACUUCUAUUAAUAUCGCCAGUUAAAAAUAUAAGCAAUUAGGCCCUCCCUGGUGGCGCAGCGGGUUAAAGCACAGCACUAAGAAGUCAAAGC